UUCAUUUUCGAUUAUCUUAGUAUACAGAAGAUCAGCUUAGUAUACCUUAAGUAAGGAUUUCAACAGUUUGUUCCCACACAGAAACAUAAAGUGAAAAAUAAUAGAUGAUUUUUUUUUAAAUGAUGAUGAAAUCAGAUCAGACCUAUUGUCAUGUUUAAUCCCAGUGAGAGUCAAGUUGGGAAUUGAUAGUUUCUUUUCUUUUUUUUUUUUUUUUAACAGAAGAUCAGUUUAGUGUACAUUAAGUAAAGAUUUCAACAGUUUGCACCCCCAUAGAAACACAAAGUGAAAUAUACUGUUUGAGUACUCGUUAUAGCAUUAAGCCUCAGUGUACAGCACAUUAAGGACAGAGAUCCUACAUGAGGAGUAAGUGCACAGUGACUCCUGUUGUUGACUUUACAAAUUGACACUCCUGUUUAUGGCAUCAGUAAUCUCCCUAUGCACCAGUCAUGAGUUUCCAAGGCUAUGGAAGCCCCUUGAGUUCUCCGACUCUUAUCUUGUUUAGACAAGGUCAUAGUCAAAGUGGAGGUUCUCUCCUCCCUUCAGAGAAAGGCACCUCCCUCUUUGAAGACCUGUUCGAGAAAGCUUAAUUUAAAAAAUGGCUCCUACUGCAGUUUCUCUGAAACUGCCACCAAAUAGCUCAAGGACAUUUCUCAGGGGGGAAACAUUUUGUUUAUAGGAGCAGCUAGCUGUUGAUUUCCAAGAAUCUUGAAUAGUGGAUGGCAAAUAUGGCUAUUCUAAGAUUUUCUAAUAUUCUUGUCCCUUUUAGUUAAUCUCCAGGUUACUGUGACUUGUAUUACCAGUGUAACUGCAAAAAUGGUUAUCUCUUUAAAUCAGGCUAUCUUAUAGUUAACAUAAUUGCCAUGGAACGCUGGACACACUGUGACCAAUUAUAUCCAAACAAUGUAAAACUAUCUUGCCUGAACUUUGAGCUUUUGGAUUUUGAUCAGUCCAGUUCCUGGAGACCACAGUGUAUUUCAGAUUAAAGUAAUUUUUUACUAGGACUCAACACAAGACACAAUCAGACUUCCUUUUAAUCAGCUGACUUUUUUUUAAAGGGGGGGCAAAAAGACAAGAUAAAAGUGAAACGGAGUUCAUUUCCUGCCUCUCCGAGGAGAAAUACAGUCCCCAUUCACACAUAGAGAACCAAACGCCGGACUGGAGCUCUGAAUCAGCAACCUACCACCCUCUGGGAAGGAACUCACUCCACCAGAUCUCUCUGUGGCAGCUAGGAACUUGGUCUCAAGGAGACAGCCAUGGCCACAGCAGGACACACCCAUGAUGAACAUCUGCUCAGAGAUGGAAGGAAGCAAGAUCUCCAAGAGAUGCUGAGAGAAGCUGGACUGGCUGUUGAGUACUGGUUGCCAAAGCUGCAGGAACACUUAGGUGUGACCUGUGCCCAGGCCUUGCAACACCUUGAUGAAGAGGACCUCCAGAAGCUGAAAUCCCAGGCACAACAUCCAUGGGAGAAAAGGGCCCUGGAGAAACUGCUGAAACUGUCACAGUCUGGUCUUUCAGAGUCAGAGCAGUCUCCUGUGGAGCUGAUAAACCAAAAGCAGAUGCAGGCACAACAGGCCCUGCAGGGACUGAGAGACUUGCUGUCAGAAGGUAGGCAGAGACAGGAAGAGGCAGUGAGGAGAAGGGAAGCAGAGCUGAGGCAAGCAAUGGAGAUCCCUGAAGAGUACUGGCCACCACCUGAAAAGCCCCUUCAGGAAGUCAUGGAAAACUUGCAGAGACAACUCAAGGUCACAGAAGGGACACUGUCCCACAGGCAAAACCUCCCAGAUAGAGAUCUGGUGAGAUGGGCAUCUGGAGGGCUGGCCCUGCAGGGAAUUUUCAAAACCAGCCAACAAAGAGGCCUGCUGGAGAAGAGAGAGGAGCUACUCUGUGUGCCCAAGGAGUUCUCACUCUUUGGCCCUGAGCAGAGUACAUGGAUGGAAACAAAAGAAUUCACCUCUUCUCAAGCACAGUCCAUAUUCACUCAGAGUAUAGAGAAGCUGGGCUUCAGCUUAACUGCAUCUGCUAAGGGUGGAGGUUGGGGAUUUAGUCUAGAAGCUGGUGUGGAUCACAGCAAACACUCGGAAUCCAAGGAAAUCCGAAGAUCACAUUGUGAGCACUCUUAUUUUUGCUCAACCAAGUUCAGCUAUAUCCCCUUGGCCUCCUGCCACUUCUCCAUGGAUCAGCUCCAGUUAUCCACGGCUGCUCUACAGGAACUGAAGUACAUUGAAGACCUCCUGGGUCAGUCUACUGGCCCAGAUAAAACCCCCAUGCUGAGGUGCAGAACUGAAAACUUCUUCCACAGGUUUGGCUCUCAUGCUAACCAAGGCCCUCUGCACCUGGGAGGCAUCUACUGGUGGAAGGCCAUUUCAGAAGGUUUCCAAAGUGGGCAACUGGAAGAAGUGAAACAGCAGUCAGCCGAGGCCCUGGAUAGCUACAUCAUGGGCAGCUACAGUGGCUUUGGAGUGAAUGUUGUUGCAGGUGGGAAUGUGUCCAACACGCAUUCAAAAACAGACUCUCAGAGAAAAACUGCCCAAAAUCUCCAAACCAAAGUGCAAUUGUCUGUGGCCCAGACAGGUGGCCCACCAGAAGCAGAUGGAUUCGUGCAAUGGAAAGCUGGCCUCGUUGCCAGCAAUCAAACCUGGUGUGUCAUUGAUCGGGGACAUCGGCUAGUACCCAUUUGGGACAUCAUCCUCUUUAGCCACAGAAAUGAUUUUAGGAAUGCCCUCCAGGUGGCUAAGUGCCUGAAAGACACCUAUGCUGCUGUGACGAGCCUAAAUGUCCAGAUCCAGGAUGGGGAGGAAAUACUGAGUGCUGGGAAGGAGGCUACAGUUUUCCUAGAAGAUGUGAAAUCCUGGGAAGUAUCUGAUCCUGAAGAGCAGCUUAAAAAAUUAAUAAAUUUCAUGCAGAUGCUGAAUCAAAAAGUGAAAGGUUAUGACAUGUGGAUUAACACAUGUCUUACAAAUUGGGAUCUGCAGAAUUUUCUAGUAAAAACCGUAAGUUUUUGCAAGAAGUUUCCCACUUAUAAAACAAAAUUUAUUAAAUCUCAGUUGCGCAGUCUUCUGGAUCCACACAUCUACAAAGUGACAAACUUUCCUGAGGCUCACUCCAUCAUGCAGUGGAUCUUCCAGGCAGAGACUGAGCCAGAGCAAGUUACCAUCUCCCAAUUUUCUGAAUUAGUUAAAAUUCUAACAAAAACCUACGAUGAACUCAUGGACUUGAAGUUCAAAUCUGAGUCCCCAGAGACAGUAGAAGACGCUCACAGAAAGGCCAAUUAUGAAAUCAGCUUAGCUCUCAGCUGCUUCUUAAAUUACCUCCAGGAAACAGGACAGACAGACACACACCUCUUGUUACUUUCCAUUGCAGCUGCUGCAGGAUAUCAAAUGGUACACAAUACUUUUCAGUGUUUGGGGAGUGACGAGUUAAACUUCCUACUGAAUGAAAUGCAGGCUGCCCAGAAUAAAUACCAGGAGCUCAAAAGUAUUUGCAGCUACAGGGCUCAGGCAUUCCUGAUGCUCACAGGUCUGACAGCCACAGUUGGAGUCACAGCUAUUUCUCCAGAAGAGAAAAAACAACGCCUGGCAUUAAUGAGACAACACAUUGGACAAUCAUUGUCUGAAGAGGUUGCCCAUGUCCUCACCAAGCCUAGAGUAGAUGAUGAUUGGCAGAAUCUAGAGAAAGACCUGAGGUUGCUCAUUGAUGGGGAUUAUGAAGCCACAAAGCCAACUUUGCAAAUGGAUGAUGUAAGAAAACAAUUGGAAAAUGUCUUCCAUGAGAAGAAACAACCCCAUGAACCACAUGAGAAUGAAAAUACAAAAAGGGAGGUGAUAGAAAAUGGACCCUUCCUAGACCUACUGCAGCGGCUAGGCUUAGAGCAUUACUACCCAAAAAGAAUGAGCAGAGCUAACUUCCAUCAGAUCUACAAUACUUCUGUGUGCAACACCCAGCCCAGCUCUGAACAGGACCUUCCCUUUUAUUUCCUGCAGAAGCUGCUGAUGCUGGAUUACAGCCUGAGACACCUGGUCUUCAAAGAUGAUAGAGACACAGAUCACCAGGUUGACUCAGGAGCUUCCAAUCAAGGCAAUGAGGAUUUUGAUCCAUAUGAAGACUUUUUUGAAGAUGGACUUAGUUCCACUAAACCUUCAGCCACAAAGCCAUACCAGCCCACUAAGACUUACAUUCACCCAAUGGAUAUUCAGAUGGCAAUUUUUCACUGUGCAGAUGAUUUUGCCAGACAAUAUAUUUUAACCAAGCUUUCCAUUUGUCAAUUUGCCCUCCCCCUUCUGGUGCCAAAUCCGUGCACUUCUCAAAUUGAAUUCUCCCUCUGGUCUCUCAGACAAAUCAGGAGAAGUUGGCAGCAAGUCAGCAAAUCACCAGAUGGGAAGAAGAACAAUUACAAGAAUCAGCAGAUGUGUUGUGUCUCUACCUCCAUUGUGUCCUUCAUUAGAGUUGGAAAUGGCUUCUCUGCUUCCAAAUCUCAAGUCAUGAACUGCCUUCUUGGUAAGCGUAAACACAAUACAUUUUUUCACCGCCACUGCACAGGAAGUACAAAAGACUGUCUCUUGAUGGGGGGUGUAGUGGAAAUCUGCUGGUUCUGUCCUGGGGGGGAUGAUGAGGGCAGAUUUGACAACUGUGUGACCUUCACCAAUCUUCAUGGAGAUGCAAAGGAACACCCGCAGCAGCUCAGCUUCCUACAGGAAAUCUCUUCUCUCAUUGUGGUCCUCAUGUCAGUUUCUGAUAACAAUGAGGAAAACCGGAAAAUUGUCCGUGAGCUAUGCCAGGCAUCACGGCCUUUGAUCUUCCUGCUUGAUGAUAAAGAAAAAACCAUGGCAAAUAAUUCUGGUCAGAGAGUGAGAAUUGGCAUCAGGAAUAGAAAUGAGGCAGAAUUAAUAGGGGAGAUCACAACUGCAAUCAGACAUCUGUUGGAGUCCUCUGACACUGCUCACAGCUUAGAGGACUGUUCCCAAAUUGCUCGCAAGCAAGGAUUCAUUAUUGAUGAAGACCAGAGAGACUGCAAGGAAGCCAAAGAAAAGGCACAGAUUCUAAUGGCCCUCAUGUCAGAAAUGAAGUUAUCUCACAUGAAGGAGGAGUUAUUGCCUCUUCAGGGACAGCUCUGGCACCUCUGGUGUAAGAAGGACAAAGAACUCUACCAUCUGAGAGAAAAGGGGAAUCGGAGCAUUGAACAACACAAGAGUGACAUUGAAACUGAGAAACAAAUGAUACGGCAUGAACAGUUGACCAGAGCCUUUCCUCUCAAUGAGUUAAUGCAAUCUGUUCUUGAAAUUCUCCAGGGACAUUCACAAACUCACACCAAACUCUACUUCCUGCAGUGGCUGAGUGUGUUUUUGGACAAUCUGACUGCAGGACACUUGGAAAAGCUGCGUGAGAAACAAAAAUCAUGGUGGCUACUGGUACAAAAAGAGAAGAAAAAAAUGUCAAAGAGCACUUCUCUGAAAGACUGGCAAAAUGAGAUAGAAGCCAUAGCCACUGAGAUUAAUAACUGUACAUUGGGAGUUGAGCAACUUCUCAGAGAAAUUGGUCAGAUCUAUGAAGCUCUAGAAGAAGUCUCCUCCAAAAAAGAGAUUCUCUUUCUCUCCCUUCCUGAAAUUGCUGCAGAUCUGAUGAUAUCUGGCGUUCCCAUUGAGCUGAUGGAUGGGGAUGCUUCCUAUGUGCCUCUAAAGUGGGUGGCAGCUGUUUUUGACAAGCUUACUGAGAAACUUGGAGACAAAAAGGUGUUUGUUCUCUCCAUCCUUGGCCUGCAGAGCUCAGGGAAGUCCACUCUGCUGAAUGCACUUUUUGGGCUGCAGUUCACAGUCAGUGCAGGCAGGUGUACACGGGGAGCCUACAUGCAGCUCCUGAAGGUGGAGGAGAAAAUCACAGGGGAACUUGGCUUUGACUUUGUGCUUGUGGUGGACACUGAGGGUCUUCGAGCCCCAGAACUCAGCAAUAAAUCCCAGAACAGGGACAAUGAGCUGGCAACCUUUGUCAUUGGACUUGGAAACUUGACUCUGAUCAAUAUUUUUGGAGAGAAUCCAUCAGAGAUGCAGGAUAUCCUACAAAUAGUUGUCCAAGCCUUUCUGAGGAUGAAACAAGUGAAAAUCUCACCAAGUUGCCUGUUUGUCCAUCAGAACGUGGGGGAAGUUACAGCUGAAGAUCAAAUGAUGGAGGGACGAAGGCGACUGGAGCAGAGACUAGAUGAAAUGGCAAAAUUAGCAGCAGAACAAGAACAGUGCUCAGACAUAAACCGCUUCAGUGAUGUCAUUAAGUUUGAUGUCAACACUCACGUGUACUAUUUUGCUCACCUCUGGGAUGGCAAUCCCCCAAUGGCCCCUCCUAAUCCUCGUUAUAGCCACAAUGUCCAAGAACUGAAAAGUAGUAUUCUUAUGACUGCCAAACAGGAAUCCAAAGGAAGCAUCAUGAAGAUAUCAGAUGUAAAAUUCCGUGUUCAAGAUUUGUGGAGAGCUCUGGUGAAUGAGAACUUUAUUUUCAGUUUUAGGAACACCAGGGAGGUCGUGGCCAUGAGCAAACUUGAAACCAUGUAUAACCACUGGACCUGGCAACUAAGGAGUCAUGUAUUAGACUUGCAGAACCAGGUGACCAACCAGAUUAAGAAUGGAAAAAUCCAGACACUCACAACAAGCACAGUAGAGGCUCCAAUUAUAGAAAAAUUUGAAGCCAUCAAACAAGAAUUUGAAAAAUUUUUUGAUGAAGACACAGAUAGUGAAAUACUGGUUCAAUGGAAAGCAAAUUUUGAGCAUAAACUCACAAUGCUUAAAGAGGCACUUAUUUCAGACAGCAGAAGAAAAUUCAAUGAACUUAUUCAUUUUAAAAAAAGUCAAGAAAGGCUGGAUAAGAAAAAAACAGAAUAUGAAAGAGAAUUAUUGGAAAGGAGCAGGAACUUGGCUUUAUCUAUAAAGAAUAAAGAAUUAAGCGAGGAAGAAUUACAGGAGAAAUUUAAUCAACUUUGGACAAAAUGGGUCUGUGAUGUGUCUUCAACUAUCCCUCAAGCAGAAGAACCUACUAUUGAUGUAGAUUCUGAAAACAUCCUCUUGGAUUAUUUCAAAAAUGAGAAAAAUAUGUGGGAAAUGCUGAGAGACAAUUCAGGAAAACAUUUUCAAAUAAGUUAUGACAGACAUGUCAAAAUGAGUAAGAAAUAUUACAUGAUCCCAAUGCGUAUAGAGACCCAUGAUGAAGAAUCCAUUAAUAUGACUACUAACUGCAUCUUUACAAGAUUUGAGGAAACUAUUGAAAACAUUUGGAGGCAACAGCGUGAUUACAAUCCAAGUUAUUUCCAUAACAUCCUGAGACUAAUAGAUGAGGAAGUGAAAUCUGCACCCACAGAAGAGAGAUAUUCAUUUACAAAUAAAUACAAUAUUGACAUAGCUUUGUAUUUAUUUGAAAGAGCCUCACAGAAAUUUAAGGAAAUGCACAGGGCAUUCAAGAGAGCAAAUGAUCCUGUUAACUAUUUAGAGAGUAAGAAAGGUGAUUUCUUCAUGAGUUUUAAAAUCUCUAGCCAAGGUGCAACCUCCAUCAAAACAUUCGUUGAUUUUCUGUGGAACAAGCUCUCUCCUGCUGUGUCCACCACAAUAUGGGAAAAAAUAGUCCCUGAUAUUGCUGGGGACAUGAGAAAUAAUUGCCCUGAAUUCAAUGGAAACAGAGCUAACUUAGAGAAACACAUUCUCAUUUCUCUGGCAGAGGAAGAAAACUUUGAAAAGUACUGGAAAUACCUUCAUGAUCCAAAAUCAUUUUUGAGGAGUUACAUUGGAACCCAUAUUAGAAAAUACUGUUCGGGAACAGGAGCUGAAACAAUAAAGGCUUUUUUAAAACGAAGUUUAGAAGACAUCAAGAAUGCCCUGCUCUCUGCUAUUCAUGAAUCCACAGCAGAAGCUAAAGACAAAAACAGCACUACAUCUGAGUGGCUGGAUUUGUUCUGUGAUCAGCUGGGGAGCAGACUGAUCUUUCCGCGAAGUGACUUGAUAAGCAUUGAACACCAGGAGAUUAAAGACAUGGAAUUUCUCAAAGAAGCUAUGAGUGUAGCUUUGGAUCCUGCAAUGAAGACAGUUGAAGAGAACUGUCUCAGUAAACCAGUAGAGGAAAUUGUUCCUGAAAUUGAGAAAAUACUCUCUGAACACCUCUGUGGCUGCUGGAAACAAUGUCCCCGAUGUGGAGCAAUCUGUACAAACACAAUUUCAACACAUGAGGGAGAUCACAGUGUCCCCUUCCACCGUCCUCUGGCUGUCAAAGGUGGAAUAUGGCAUAAAACAGACACCUUUGUCAUUGAUUGCUGUACUAGUUUGGUGGCAAGUGAUUGCUUCAUGGUUUUCAGUGAUGGCCGGAAAAUCCCAUACAAGACCUAUAGACAGGCAGGAGGAGAAUAUGCCACUUGGAGUAUCACUCCGGAUUCAUCCACACAGCCCUAUUGGAAAUGGUUUGUCUCUCACUUCAGAUCAAAUCUAGAAAAAAAAUAUGGGAAAAAAUUUACAGGUAAAGGUAAAAUCCCUGAGGCCUGGGCCAAAAUCACAAAGCAGGAUGUGCUUGAUGACCUGAAAAAAAAGUAGCACUCAGUGACCACAAAAGAGACCUACGAUCUCAACAAAAUAGUCACGGCACCUGGACAACCCUAACACACCUCCUCGUCACAAUGAGAACCCCACUACUGCCAUUUUAAAAAGGAAACAUGCCAACACAAGUCCAUUAUCUGUUCAAGAGUUGAAGAUUUCCUGUGAAAGCAUUUUAUGUCUCUAUGCCUCAACUCUUUCUGAUUUAAAAACAAAUUAUACCAGUGAAAACAGUCCAGGGAAUGGCAGCCAAAUGACUUGGAUCUUCAAAGUGGAGAGAUACCAAUGACAACUCUCCAUACUAUGUCUUUUCAAAGGACUUUAAGCAUAUUCUCAGAUUCAGGUCAGAUGACUAUGUCUCCAGAAGAAGUCAUCUAACAGGAAAAUUAUGAAGGACAGGUGUUUUUUGUUUUGUUUUGGUUUCUUUUUGACAGGCAGAGUGGACAGUGAGAGAGAGAGACAAAGGUCUUCCUUUUCCCUUGGUUCACCCUACAAUGGCCACCGCGGCCGGUGCGCUGCGACUGGCGCACUGCACUGAUCCGAUGGCAGGAGCCAGGUGCUUAUCCUGGUCUCCUAUGGGGUGCAGGGCCCAAGGACUUGGGCCAUCCUCCACUGCACUCCCUGGCCACAGCAGAGAGCUGGCCUGGAAGAGGGGCAACCGGGACAGAAUCCGGUGCCCCACCCGGGACUAGAACUCGGUGUGCCGGCGCCGCAAGGCGGAGGAUUAGCCUAGUGAGCCGCAGCGCCGGCCAGGACAGGUGUUCUUGAACAUUAUGGCUUUCCUUUCAUUUCCUGGAAAACACACUUGAUGAGAGUUGGAAAGGUCUCCUAAUCUGAUAAAAUUGCAGCAGUGAUGGAAACAGAACACUUGCACAGCACUGUGCCUAUCUCUCACAUCACUGAUCCUUGGAAACUACACAAUGUUCAAUUCUCAUUUGCUGAAUGUUGCUCAUAUUUGUUUAAAUGAAGCCACAAAAGCUUUUAACUAAGAAGUAUCUGUAUCCUUCUACCUUUGAUUUUCAAACUAAAAUAAUUGUGUAUAAAUAAAAAAGGAUCAUUCAUAAAUUUCCUCUGGUAUUUAGACAGUGAUAUUCUUCAUGAUAUUUAGAGUCUGUUUGUAAGAGUGCACCAAAAUUGGAAAGAGGCAAAUGAAGACAGGAAGAUGACUAUUCUUCACAAGGGUCCAGAGAACCCCCUUCCCGUUUCCCCUCCUCUAUGAAAUACUCUCAUUACUUGGUUAAUGCCACUACCAGGACCAUUGGUUGCUAUUCUCACCCUGUAUUUUAUACUACCAUGUCUGUUUAAGUGUUUACAGGAGGAGAUAAUGGAAUGAACCAAGGCCUUCAUCAGCCAGGAAGUUAACCAAAUGCUGCUAUAGGGAUAUACUCAGCUCCCCACCCAGGAGACAGCAGCUUGAGGCAUCACCCCAUUCCAGCAAAGUACCUCGUCACCCCAUGUCAGCAGAAAGUAGCUCUAAAGACAGAUCAUCAUCCCUUCUGGACUUUUGGGACUAAUAUAAUCCCAUACAACACUUGCUUUAUAAAAAAAGGGGGGGUGUUAGUAAAAUGGCACAGUUUUAUCUAUGGCAUAGUCAUUAUCUAUGGCGCAGUCCACACCACAGACACCAUCCUAGGAUCUAACCCUCGCUGCCAUGGCUGGAAGCCAGGUGAUCCCAUGGCCCAACCAUUAAAAAAAAAAAAAAGAUGACUAUGAGGAGUGGGGUUUUCUGUGAUAGUGGUGGGGAAAAUGAUGCUGCCACCAGGGGGGGUUGAAAUUGGGAGGGAUUUCAGUUUCAUCAGGUUAGGCAUGAUUGGGGAAGAGAUCUCAGGAAGGUUGGAGUAGGGGGAAUAAGUACACUAGGGAUGAGAUCACCAAGAAAGGUAGACACUGAGUCUUGGUGUAGAUCACAAAAUUAGAAGUGGGCUAAGUUAUAAGAUUAGUAGGGAUACAGUUGACAUGACCAGUAGGGUCUCUCAGAGUUGCUGAAAAUAGAGGACACAAAAACACAAGAAUUAAGAUCACAUCAAUGGGUUUAGGGAAAGGUUCUGGUCACUUAAGACAGAGUUCUCCAGUACAGUGGCAAAGAAGUCCCAUAGCCUGUAGGAAUGGGACUAGGACAGUGGAAAAGUUAACCCUAUUAAGUUUGGGGAUAAAUUUCCUUGGAACUAUGGAGAAAGAAUAUGAAACAUACAAUUUUUCUUUGCGCCUUCCUUUAAAUUUGGAACUCUCUUCAUUCUGACCCUUCAGAAAAGUCUAAAUAAGCGUUUAAUCCAGCAUGACAGUGCUGUGGCACAGAAGUGGGCAAGGCAGUGAAGUAAAGUAUCAUGUCAUCACUAACACUACCAUGACAACCACCAGUACCACUGUCUUUGUAGUUAACAUGCCUGUGAGACUAUGGGCAUGGCACUUAAUCUCUCUGUUUUGAGGAAGUUUAAUUGUAAGAUGGUAAAUUUCUUAUGUGUCUUUGAGAAAAACAAAUUUCUAUAUAUAUGCACUUAGCAUAUACCAAAAACAGAAUAAGAACUCUGUUAUUAUAAGUUACUAGGUUAAACUUCCUCUCCCAAGUUGUGGCAUAGUAGGCUAAGCCUCUGCUUGCAGUGCCAGUAUCCCAGAUGGGUGCCAGUUCAAGUCCUUGGCUGCUCCACGUCCAAUCCAGCUCACUGCUAAUAUGCCUGUGAAGGCAGUGGAAAAUGGCCCAAGUACGUAGGCCCCUGCACUCCCAUGGGAGUCCUGGAAGAAGCUCCUGGCCCCUGGCUUCAGAUCAGCCCAGCUCCAGCUGUUGUGACCAUUUGGGGAGUGAACCAGCAGAUGGAAGAUCUCUUUCUCUUUCUCUCUCUCUCU